CACAUUGUGUCAAAUCGUGGUGUUUUUGUUGAUGAAUGAAAAUCGUAAAAAUUAUCAAUGACGUCAAAACUAAAUUAACAAAAGAUGUGAUUAAAGUUCACGAAAUUAGCACCCAAGAACAAACAGAACAUGAAGUUAUUUUACUUUUAAAGGAUACAUCAUGGAAAGUAUUACUAAUUUCUCGGUUUCACUUAUUAAAGGGUUUAUCGACAGCCUACGUGGGGUAACUGUGCUGUUAUAUUUGGAUAAAGAAAUAAAUGAGAGGGCGUUGAAUCGCUCACCAAGGAUAGAAUCUGAAAAGAUUAGACCCAAACAAAUACCUAUACAACAGGAAUCAAAAGUACUUACCAGAGUUUUGCAAUCAUGCAUAUUGAACGGGUUUAUAUUUUUGCUAAGCAUAUUAAUAUUUGAAUAUGCGUUGCUGCCGGCAGUCAAAUACUUAGUCACAGUUGUGUUUGGACAUGAUCCCGGUGUGGCACGGAACGUGUGGGGUUGGAUGCAGCCGUUCCUCUCCAUGACGUUUAGAAUGAUUUGGGUGUUGCCUCUGUUUUUGUUGAGUAGGCUUGUUAAUAGUUUAUGGUUUCAGGAUAUAGCAGAUUCUGCCUAUCGCCACCGCAGAGGGCGUCCUCAGUUUAUGUCCAGCGUCAGCAAGAUAAUUGCAGAUUCUCUGUUCAGUAUGCUUGUGCAGGCGCUGUUUUUAGUUCAGAGUAUGCUAGUCAGCAUGUUGCCAAUAACAUAUAUAGGAGAAUUACUGUGCCUCCUUCACAUGUGCUUAUUGUACUCGCUGUACUCGUUCGAGUACAAGUGGUUCAACAUGGGCUGGGAGUUGCACAAGCGGCUCACCUUCAUUGAGUCCAACUGGCCAUAUUUCCUAGGGUUUGGACUGCCACUCGCUGUUUUGACGCAGAUACCACAGUCUUAUAUCAUUAGCGGAUGUGUGUUUUCAAUAUUCUUCCCCGUGUUCAUACUGAGCGGGAAUGAAGCUACUCCAGUCAUGGGAAAUGAAUACCCGCUACGUCUAUUUUCGCCAGUCGUCGCGAUAUCGAAUGGAAUGUUCAGAUUCGCGCGUCAGGGGGCCGAGGCGGUCACCCAUCGCGCUCGGUGAUACACCUCCGUGUUCACGUCGAAAUUGUCAUAGCUUGUAUACUUAGCAUGUAAAUCGAAAACGCCAUUGACCUGUUACUGUGUACUUGGUAAAGACUAAUGCGUGCGAAAGAGAUAGAGAACAUACGUUUAUUCGUCGCUAUAAGCACAUGCAAAAAGUCUUGAUUUUUUAUUUAUCCCGCCUAUUUGUCUGUUUGUUUUGUUUAUUUAAUAGACACAAUAGAUAUAACAAGUAGAUACAAAUAAAAAAUAAACUAAAACUGUUACAACACUAUAAUAAAUGCAAAUGUUUGGAUUUAUGUUUGUUUGCUCAAUUUCGCACAUUCUACUAGACGGAUUUCGAAAUUUGAUACACAUGUAGAAUAUGAUGAUAGCAGCUCCUCCCGGCUUCGCUCGGGUAAGAACAUAAUGAAACCAACUCAGGAAUCACUAGCGAGAUUUCUGUCUUUUGGUGAAAACCGCAUCAAAAUUAAUGCAGUAGUUUUUUUUAGUUUACCGCGAACAGACAGACAGACGCGGCAGAGGACAUUGUUUUAUAUGUAAGGCUCGUAUGAUACUUUUUAUCCGGAAGUUCAUACGGGAUGGAAGCUAUCCGAGCCUCACCUAGUUCGUAAUAUGUACAAUUUUAACAAAUGUGGUUUUUAAAACAUAAAAAUGUCUCAGGCCUAUAUUAUGUGGUCGUCCAAAACAAAAGGGACCUUAUGGCGGCUAGCACUUAGGUACUAAACAACGGCAAUAAAGACCUAAGUGCUAGCCGCCAUAAGGUCCAUUUUGAUUUGGAUGUCCACAUAUACUGUUAAUUUUAAUUUUACAGUCUCAAAAAAAUUUAAACUUUGUUUUACGUUACCAAAAGAUACAGUGAUUGUAAAGGGCUUAUUUGGUACUUUCUUAAAAUGUGUAUAUGAUUUUACUCGUCGUGUCAAUGAUCUUUACGAAGUGCACAAUAUACUUAGGCUAUGGUAAAGACUGGAUGUAGGGUUGAGGAAUUCGAAAAGUUAUUUACAAUUUUUUAUUAUGUAUAUCGAAUUUAUAAUUUUAAUUUUACCCACGUCAUAUUUCUUGUAAUAAUGGCUGUUUUGCUCAAUUCAUAUGUGAAUACAUGUUAUAUUUGAACCCUACAUAAAUGGAUGGGAUUGGAAUAGACAAACUUAGUUGUGGCUUAAAGGAGUGUAUUAUCGAUUGCUCCUGCGCAAUGUUGUGACACAAUACGAUUUUGAUAUUUGUCUGUUGCAAUAUUUUUAUGUUGGACGCAUCGAAAUAUUUUUCAGGGUUUUAAAUAAUUAUAUAUUUUUUGGGAAUAGUUCACUAUUUGUGCCUAGUUCGACUGGCUCACUUUUAGUCAGGAGUAAAGGUACAAGUAUCAAAACUAUUCAGUCUUAUUCAAUAAAAAGUCAUGUCUCUAUAUAUUGUUCUGCUAAAGUAUAAUACGAAUAAUUUUGGAUGACUGCUCUGAACUCAGUCGUGUGCCUGCAUAAAACUAUUUUAAAAUAAUCGGUUUAUACUUUACCGGUCUAAUAUUGCUAUGAUAUUUUUUAUGAAUACUGGUUAGUCUAUUUAAAACUCCGAUUGGUUAAAAUUGGUCUUAUUUUGGUGUUAUCACAUUUUAAUAUCACAUGUUGAGUACUUUAUUACUGAUUAAGCUAUUAAUAUUGUAUAUUACAAUCAUUCUUAUGUAGUCUUAAAUUGUGAUUUUUACAUGACAUUAUUUAUUGAAGUGACUGACGUA